AUGCUUGGGCUGUGUCUGGAAACCAUCUUCAAUCCUACACGCUUCAAAAUUUCAUGCAAAGGCCCUUUUCCCAUCAAGGCUUUCACAACAAUUUCUGCAAAUCUUGGAAGUGUUAUCUCACUACAUCUUAUAGAGAUGGAUCCAGAGCUAUUGACCCUCUUAAACCUUCAAGGCGACCUUCGACCGGAGGCAUUACGCCUAGUUCAUCAGAUAUUCAACGACUUGCGAACUACACUCCUUGAACCCAGGGGUAUUGAUGAAUAUGGAACAGACUCGGUGAUUGGAGAUGCGCUUCACAACAGAGAAAAGGAACUCGCUGCAGUCGAAAAGCUCGUGGGCAUCAUCGCCCAAGAAUGGCAUGCCACAAACCUCAACAUCUCUCAACACGUCUUCGAGAUUGAACUUUCUCGAUUAGAAGCCCGAGCUGAGCAUCUGAUGGGGGACAUUCUUGUCAUUCGAGAUUGCCGGUUUGAACUUGCGGGUAGGCUGAUGGACGAUAUGAUUGGGGCCGAAGACGGUGGGCGUAUCAACAGUACUUGGUCACACGUCGACUCGCUGAUUGAACGCUACAAGACCGUGAAAGGGGCGAAAAUCCCAAUCUAUGAGCCCAAAAACACAAUAGCCCAGUGGAACUUUUGCAAGACCGUGUUCAACGUAUACGAUGUCGAAGAGGGAAUAAGCGAUUGGUGUGUUGUUUCAGGCCAUCGCCAUUUGAGAAGCACUGUCAGAGGAGUUCAGAUUGUCAGAUACAGCCUGGGUGAAAAGUGUGCCCGGUAUCUCUUUGCUCCUUUGGAUGAUUCACACGGUCAUCUAUUUGGAGCCAAAAACGGUCUGCCAAUGCAUAUUCACUAUGCAGAAGCGCUGGAUAAUGGACGCCUCGUCAUUAUACCUGAUGAAGUCCAAGGCAAAGACGAAGAGAGGGACCAAGGAUACAUCGGCAGUUGGAAGGUCUACAACCUCUAUGAGGCCGAUGCCCAGGAUUCAUCUCAGUUCAUGCCGUUAGGCUCUGAGCUUCACGGACGCUCAUUAGAGUUUCGAAACGACUUCCGACCCAAUACUCGGUAUCUGUUCUUUGCCUUUUGCAUGAACGUCCUUUGGCGUCAACGCCAUGAAGCUUCUGGCUGGUGGCGAGCCUAUUUGGCCAGCGGUCCUGGGGAGGCUUGGGCAGCGGCCGCUUCGGGACCUUACCUUCGGCAGUCUACGCUUCGAAGAAUUGCACAAAGAGUGGGCCGUUUGACCGAAGGAGAGGCCGCUCAGUUUGUCGUUGAGGCAGGCAACGGCCCCAUAGCUGAGCCUUCUGAUGGUGACAGACGAGCUGAGGAAAAGGACAGCUUCUACGCGGAUCUUUGUUGCGUGGCGGGGGGUGAUGCCGACGAUGAAGAAUCGGAUGAGUUUGAUGUUGGCGAGGAGGAGUAA